CUGUUUGCUGCAUCUCAAAAGUCGAAGGAGGUGAAAGCCGGAGAACCCAUUCCAGGUUUGCCUCUUUAUUCUUUGAAAGAUGUAAGCCAACAUUGCUCAAAGAAAGAUGAGAUUUGGGUGACAUACAAACAAGGAGUGUACAACAUCACAGCCUUCAUCGAUGCGCACCCAGGCGGAGAUAAGAUAAUGAUGGCUGCCGGCGGCUCUGUAGAACCUUUCUGGUUGAUGUACGGUGUUCAUAAACAACCCGAAAUUCUUGAGAUGCUCGAAAAGUACAGGAUAGGCAAUUUGUCAAUGGAAGAAUCACUGGAAAGCACUCGUGAUAUGGAAGAUCCUUAUGGUUUAGAGCCUAAAAGACAUCCUUCUUUGAAAAUCAACUCACAUAAACCGUUCAAUGCUGAACCACCUCCAUCACUUCUAGCCGACAGCUUCAUUACACCUGUGGAGCUAUUCUAUGUUCGAAAUCAUUUGCCCGUUCCAGUAGUAGAUGUCAGUGCUUGGAGGUUAACAAUAGAAGGAGUUGGUUUCAAAUCGAUUGAAUUAUCAAUGGAUCAAAUAAAGAAGUUUCCAAAGCACACUGUAACUACUUCAAUCCAGUGUGCUGGCAAUCGCCGCUCUGAAAUGUCAAAGAUAAAAAAAGUGAAGGGUUUGGAUUGGGGAACAGCAGCUAUUGGAAAUGCCACUUUUUCUGGUGCAAGACUUUAUGAUGUACUCAGAGCCGCAGGAUUGAAAGAAGACGAAAUAAAGGCUCAACAUGUUCAGUUUGAAGGCCUUGACACGGAUCCAGCCAAUGUACCUUACGCCGCAUCAAUUCCAAUUGAAAAAGCCAUGGAUCCAAGAGGUGACGUGCUAUUGGCUUAUGAAAUGAAUGGUGCUCCGCUGAGUAGGGAUCAUGGAUUCCCGCUCCGUGCCGUUGUGCCUGGAGUAGCUGGUGCUCGUAAUGUCAAGUGGUUAGGUGCUAUUUACGUGAGCGAAGAAGAAAGCUCGUCACAUUGGCAGCAGAACGAUUAUAAAGGUUUCAGCCCCAGCACGGAUUGGGACACAGUCGACUUCACCAAGUCCCCUGCAAUCCAACAGUUGCCUGUCACGUCUGCCAUCUGUGAACCGUCUGAAAACGAAGAGGUGGCCGUCAAAAAUGGAAAAAUCACUGUUAAAGGUUACGCCAGCUCUGGCGGUGGCAAUAAAAUAGUGAGAGUGGACGUGACUGCAGAUUGCGGCCAGACGUGGCAUGUGGCCGAACUGAUCAACCCAGAAAACAAUAAGCCGCCCCAUCACUGGGCUUGGUCAUUGUGGCAGGUUGACAUUCCCGUCAGCAAGGGUCAAAAACAGAUGGAAUUGUGGGUUAAAGCUGUGGAUUCAUCCUACAAUACACAACCAGAGAGCUUCAAGAACAUCUGGAAUCUUAGAGGAGUUCUCAGUAAUGCCUAUCACAGGAUAAAUAUAAAAUUGAAGCACUGAUGAUAUCUCCAUUUCAACUGCGUUCAGGAGAAGAUUCAUUCACUUCUAAUCGUUCACUCAGGAUCGUCCAGUAUGUAUAAGGAUCAUAAUUUCAAAGUACUGUACUGAAAUCAAUUUCUCCAUUUUAUUUAUAGAUGCUGUUUGGUGCUUUCGGGGA